AUGGAUCAACAACGUGGAAGAUCACCGUCCGCUGGACAUCAACAGCAUCAUAUAAAUCAUGGUCACUCGCCUUCCCCACAGCCUUUCCAAGAUAAUGCAUCACUUGGACUGGGAAUCGGCCUCAAUAACAGCAACAGCCAGAUCCAAAGCGCCGAACAGCAAUUCCUGAACGGCAGCUUCAAUGCUAAUAACGGCUUUCCCAAUAACGAUUUCAUGACUUCAAAUACUCAAGCCUUCUCGCAGGGCGGCCUCGGCGAUUCCACCUACGUAUCUACUGCGGAUUUCAACCAGCAAUUCAAGCAAGAAGACCAAUCAUUCCAACAAUUCAAGCAAGAGGAGCAAUCGUCUCCUUACAAUCAGCCACAACUAGGGAGCUUCACACAGGACCUUAUGAAUGCGGGAUUCAAUGACGGUGCAGACUUUCCACUGUUUCCUCCAAACCCGGCUGAAUACGACCCCUCAUUCUUCUCCAACGAUCCAUCCCAGUCGCACGCGCGAAAUCAGUCCGUGAAUCCAUCACAGCUAGACAUAUCUUCUCCGCAGAAUGCGCCUACCCCGCCUGGGAACCUGUUGCAACCAGAUUCCCAUUCUCCUGCAUCGGCGCAUCAGUCACCAAACUUCAAUAGCCAUCAAUUCCAGUCCUCGCCAAACCACUCCAGGCAUGCUUCAUUGGGACCAGAAAGUGCAGCGUUCCCGCAAGGACAGAAUGUUGAGUGGAGCAUGAUGCCCCCUCAAUUCACCGGCCACAGAAGGACUCCCUCGGAAUAUUCAGAUGUGUCUGUUUCCUCUGCCCACCAUUCCCCAAAUCUUGGUCACCAUGAUAGCUUCGAGCCAAUUGACCAAAACCAUUCGCCAAUGCAACGACCACAAGAUAGCAUUUACGAGAAUGUUCUUGGUAUUGGCAACUUUUCAUUGUCAGACAAUCAGCAUGGAGCAAGCCCGAGACGAGGAUUAAGUCCUGCUCAUAGUCCCGCUAUCUCGCCACGCUUGGGUCCCCAGCAACUGCCGAACAUGAAUCACCAGACCCCAUUGUAUUUGAUGAACAACAGUGGAUUUGGCCAGGGCAUCUAUGGGCAAAACCAGCAAGAAUCGUUUCCCCAAAUUCAGAAUGAAAUGGGCCAGCAGAUGGUACCCGAUAUCAAUGUUGAGUUUGCACCCGCCUCAAGGCAAAACAGCUUCGAGCCUCCAAAGCCGUCCAUUGACCAAGAUGCUUUGACGCCUCCUGACAGAGGUCGACGUCGUCGAGCUUUCACAGAUCCUAACAAUAGCGGCACAGGCAUACCUCGAACUAACACCCCUUCAAGUGUAUCGCCUUCGCUUGGGAGUGAUCUUGGAUCUAGAUCACCGGAUUCUCACCGUUCGCUCUCUCCAAAUGAUCGUUCUGGUGCCACAUCUCCAAGUAGACGUCGACAAUCAACAUCAUCACUACCAAACCGCGACUAUAUCCUUGGUCUUGCAGAUCCUGAAUAUCAACCUUCAGUCGCGGAAAGCGGAAACGCUAAGCGUGUUCAAAAACACCCUGCCACUUUCCAGUGCACUCUCUGCCCAAAGAGAUUCACCAGGGCUUACAAUCUGCGAUCUCACUUGCGCACACAUACCGACGAACGACCGUUCGUAUGUACCGUAUGUGGAAAAGCGUUCGCUCGUCAGCACGACCGGAAGCGUCACGAGGGCUUGCAUUCAGGAGAGAAAAAGUUCGUAUGUAAAGGCGAGCUCAAACAAGGUGGUUCCUGGGGCUGUGGGCGCCGGUUCGCUCGCGCUGAUGCUUUGGGUCGACAUUUUCGCUCCGAAGCUGGUCGGAUAUGUAUUAAGCCUCUUCUAGACGAAGAAGCCAUUGAGAGGCAACGCGUGUGGAAUGAGCAGCGUAUGCAAAACAUGCAAAACAUGCAGCAACCUCAACCACUUGGCCUCGACCCCAAUGGUUUCCCGAUCGACUCGAGCGGCAACUACACUCUACCAGCCGCUCUGCUUGCUCAAUACCCCGCGCUUGCAGGCUUGACCUGGUCCGAUCUACCACAAGGAGAUCCUGGCAUAGACGACGAUCCCAGCGGCCGGAGCAGCUUCGAUGCCAGUGGUUCGGAAUACUACGACGAAGACAAUGAAGGCGGCUAUGUAUCCAGUGGUCCUGGGCCACAACAAGGCUAUGGACAGCCACAAAUGCACGAUGGGUACAACGGUGGCUACAGCAGUGACAUCGGACGCUGA